AUGGAUUCCAAUUCAUAUACGCCUUGCUCAAACUUUGUUGACCUGCUGAAUAGUCAGCAAGACACUGUCUUUGGAUUUGUUCAAGACAGUGUCGAAGUUUCUUCCUCCCAAUUCCCUGGCUUUAGCAGUCAAGCAACACAAGAUGAGACCCCUGCAGAGCGGAAGGAAAGGAGGACAUGGACGCCUAUAGAUGACGUAGCUCUCAUCAGCGCUUGGUUAAAUACAAGCAAAGAUCCAAUUGUAGCUAAUGAGCAACGAGCUGGUGCGUUUUGGAAGAGGAUAGCUGCCUACUUCGCGGCAAGUCCCAAGGUGGCAGGUUCUGAACCGCGAGAGUCUGAUCAUUGUAAGCAGCAUUGGCAGAAGAUCAACGACCAAGUGAACAAGUUUUGUGGGGCGUUUGAAGCUGCAAGUAGGGAGAAGAGGAGCGGCCAGAAUGAAAAUGAUGUUCUGAAACUUGCGCAUGAGAUCUUCUACAACAACCACAAAAAUAAGUUCACACUAGAGCAUGCAUGGAAGGAGUUGAGGAAUGAUCAGAAAUGGUGUGAGUUGUCUACUUCUAAAACCGAAGGCAGUUCUAAAAGAAGGAAGCUUGAUGACAGUGCACAAUCCUCAAGCUCUCACGCAUUUGAAACCACCACUGGUGAUGAUGAGCAAGCUACCAACCGACCACCGGGUGUUAAGGCUUCAAAGGACUGUGGUAAGAAGCCGCAGGCAGAUGGUAAGGAGGUCAAUGAGUUGCAGAUUUUGUGGAACAUCAAGAAGGAGGACUUCGCUGUCAAAGAGAGGGUCUCGAGGAUGAGGCUACUUGACUCUUUAAUCGCUAAACAAGAGCUAGCUGACUAUGAAGAAGAUCUGAAGAAGAAGCUCAUUACUGAGUUGUUCUCUAAUUAG